CAGCGGCCACGGAAAAACUGGCUCCUUCUGGUUUCCAGGCUUAAAUACAAAGCGCAGCCGGUCUGAAGGGAAAACGGCACAAAGGAAAACGGAGCGCUCUGAGGUUUUACAGCUGAAGACCAAGAGAGUCAGACUUCAUUGCAGAGGAGCUUGGACGGCAUGCAAAGUUGUGAAAUUUCCUCAGACAGCACUGAUGAUCCUCUUAGUAGCGGCCUACGUAUUCAUCGGCAGCCUCGAAUAGUAGUGAUUGGAGCUGGCUUGGCUGGCCUUGCCGCAACUAAGGUCCUACUGAAAAACGGCUUCACUGAUGUCACUGUCCUAGAGGCAUCGGACCACAUCGGCGGGAGAGUUCAGAGCGUUCAGCACGGAAAAGCAACUUUGGAGCUUGGAGCUACCUGGAUCCAUGGCGCCAAUGGGAACCCAGUAUACCACCUGGCAGAGGACAACGGGCUGCUGGAACACACCACAGAUGGGGAGAGGAGCGUGGGACGCAUCAGCCUGUACACCAAGAACGGUGUGGCUCACUACCAGACCAAUGUUGGGAAGAGGAUCCCCAAGGACCUGGUGGAAGAGUUCAGUGACCUGUACAACGAGGUGUACGAGCUGACUCAAGAGUUCUUUAAAAACGGGAAACCAGUCUGCGCUGAGAGCCAGAACAGCGUUGGCGUUUUUACACGAGACGUGGUGCGCAAGAAGAUCAUGUUGGAUCCUGAUGACUCUGAGAGCACCAAGAAACUCAAACUGUCCAUGCUUCAGCAGUACCUCAAGGUGGAGAGCUGCGAAAGCAGUUCUCCCAGUAUGGAUGAGGUGUCCCUGAGUGAGUUUGGCGAGUGGACCGAGAUCCCCGGGGCACAUUAUGUCAUUCCCGAAGGUUUUAUGAAGAUCGUGGAGCUCCUGGCCCAGGAUAUCCCCUCCCACACCAUCUGCCUUCGCAAGCCAGUCCGUUGCAUUCACUGGAACUACUCAGCUCAGCAUCAUGAGGUGAUCACCAAGAGCAGCUACACCAACCAGGACAACAACCACAAUGAAAACAACCACAGCAGCCAGCCUCUGAUGCUGGGUCACCCUGUCGGCGUGGAGUGCGAGGACGAGGAGUGGAUCAUGGCCGACCACGUGAUCGUGACGACCUCUCUGGGCGUGCUGAAGCAGAACCACGAAGCCAUGUUCUCUCCCUCUCUGCCCGAGGACAAGGUCCUCGCCAUCGAGAAGCUGGGCAUCAGCACCACCGACAAGAUAUUCUUGGAGUUUGAGGAGCCCUUCUGGAGCCCAGAGUGUAAUAGCAUCCAGUUUGUGUGGGAGGAUGAGGCCCAACUGGAGCAGCUGGCCUACCCCGAGGAGCUGUGGUACAAGAAAAUCUGCAGCUUUGAUGUCCUCUACCCACCUGAGCGCUACGGCUACAUGUUGAGCGGCUGGAUCUGUGGGCAGGAGGCUCUGUACAUGGAGCGCUGCGAUGACGAAACAGUGGCCGAGACCUGCACCGAGCUGCUGAGGCGCUUUACAGGGAACCCCGACAUUCCAAAGCCCCGGCGCAUCCUGCGAUCCUCAUGGGGCAGCAACCCAUACAUCCGAGGCUCCUACUCCUUCACCAGGGUUGGAUCCAGUGGUGCGGACUGUGAAAAGCUGGCCAUGCCACUGCCUUAUGCCAACAGCACCAAGGCUCCUCUCUUACAGGUCCUGUUUGCUGGAGAGGCCACCCACAGAAAAUACUAUUCCACUACCCAUGGUGCUUUGCUAUCAGGGCAGAGAGAGGCCACUUGCCUGAUAGAGAUGUACCGGGACUUGAACAGUGCGGAAACCACAAAGCCUAAUAUAUAAAAUUAAAAAAAAAAAAAAAA